GCAGGGAGGGUGCCAGAUUCAUAUUUGAUGUGGGAACACGUUUAGGGCUGUAUCCUUUAAACUCCUGAUAGAGUAAAAUGUGUUGAUAAAUGGGGGUUUUAAGAAUUAAAUAUUGCAGAAUAUGUGCAGUUCAUUCUUCAGAUGUUUCUUCAUCAUGAAUCAAAAGUCUCUUUGAGUGUUACUUCAUAGUUUUAGCUGUUCGUUGGGUAAUCAAGGUGUUUUCUGACCCCCUUUUGGCAAUAAAGAAGCAAGAGAGUACAGUCUAGUCAAUUAUGGAUAUUCUGGCACAUAUGGUCUCUUACAACAUGAAUUACAUGAUUUCUCAAAUUUUGAACUUUGUGUUUAUUUAUCUAUAUAGUUUAACUUUGGAGAUUCAAACCUGUGAUCCACCUCCGCCCACUUUUUUCUUCUUAUAGGUUGGGAUCUACAACUUUGUAUAUGUUGGUAAUUUCUCCUCAUUGUCUCACCUCAUGGUUACCACUUAACCUUUUGCUUCGUGUAUUCCUGUUACUUCUUUUAAUCCCACGAGUUCUUUGUUUAAUAAAUCUUGAAGAUAUAAUUUUGCAUUUAUUCUGGCAGAGAAGAGUGGAGAUCUUGUUCAGAUUGAAGCUGUAUUUGUAGGUAUGAAUAUUUAGUAACUGUUUUCUGCAGUAACAGUUUCAUGUGAAGUGAUACUCAUACAAAAUGAUACUUUUGUUCCUGUUUGUGCCUACCUCUGCUUUUGACUUUUUUGAGGCUGGUAGUGCUUAUCAUGCAGAUAAUCAUGCAUGGAUGUGAUAUGGCCUUUUCUUACUCCCAGUAAGUGCUUUAGGUAUCAGCUGCAUCUGGACUGAAUUUGCACAGUCGUAAGGGGGGUUGUAGCUUCUGUUUCUCUUUUAAUUGCAGUGUUUUUCAGCCAGUCACUGAAUGGACAGUUCCUUGAGAUACUCAAUACAUCAGAGUACACUAUGAUACUCUAGCAACAGGAAUUAUUUAUUUCCAUCGGUUUUAUAUGUUUCAUUCCUUCAAACAGUUCCCAAGAUAUGUGACAGGAGCCUGCUGUCUCUUCCUGGCAGGAAAAGUUGAAGAAACACCUAAGAAAUGUAAAGAUAUAAUUAAAACAGCCCGCAGCUUGCUAAAUGAUGUGCAGUUUGGACAAUUUGGAGAUGAUCCAAAGGAAGAAGUGAUGGUCCUUGAAAGAAUCUUACUACAAACAAUCAAGUUUGAUUUGCAGGUGGAACAUCCAUACCAGUUCCUUCUCAAGUAUGCUAAACAACUCAAAGGAGACAAAAACAAAAUUCAGAAGCUGGUUCAGAUGGCAUGGACGUUUGUCAAUGACAGCCUCUGCACUACUCUGUCCCUGCAGUGGGAACCUGAGAUCAUCGCUGUUGCAGUUAUGUACUUAGCAGGCCGUCUGUGUAAGUUUGAAAUACAGGAGUGGACUUCAAAACCAAUGUACAGACGAUGGUGGGAGCAGUUUGUCCAAGAUGUUCCUGUUGAUGUUCUGGAAGACAUCUGCCACCAGAUACUGGAUCUGUACUCACAGGGAAAACAGCAAAUGCCUCAUCAUACUCCUCAUCAGCUGCAGCAGCCGCCAUCUCUUCAAUCUACACCUCAGACACCUACAGUACAACAAUCACAGCAGUCCCAGGGUUCAGAGCAAUUGCAGACUCAGCAGCAAAAAGAGUCACAGCAGUCAUCACAACAACAGCAGCAGCAGCAGCAAACACAAGCACAGCAACCUAAAAAGCCUUCUCCCCAGCCAAGUCCUCCUAGGCAGAUUAAAAGACCAGCAGCUGUCUCUCCAAAAGAAGAAACAAAGACAACAGAACCACCACCACCAUCAAAAAUUCCUAAAAUUGAAACUUCACAUCCACCAAUACCUCCUCCACAUCCACCUCCAGAGCGCAAGCCUCCUUUGACAACUGCAGUUUCUAUGGGAGAAGCAGAGCAAUCUACUACUGUGGACUCAGUCGAUAUGCCAAAGGUCCAGAUUCCUCCCCCAGCUCAUCCUGCCCCAGUACAUCAACCUCCUCCUCUGCCGCAUCGUCCCCCACCCCCGCCCCCCACCAGUUAUAUUACAGGGAUGUCUACUACAAAUUCUUACAUGUCAGGGGAGGGUUAUCAAAGCCUUCAGUCCAUGAUGAAAACGGAAGGACCAACUUACGGAGCUCUGCCACCGGCCUACGGACCACCGACUCACCUACCGUACCAUCCUCAUGUCUAUCCUCCCAAUCCCCCUCCACCAGUUCCCCCUCCACCUCCUGCAUCGUUCCCUCCCCCCAACAUCCCACCCCCUACUCCUGGAUACCCUCCCCCACCUACAUACAAUCCUAAUUUCCCACCUCCCAGGCUGCCUCCCACUCACGCAGUGCCGCCUCAUCCGCCACCUCCAGGGCUGGGAAUGCCCCCAGCCAGUUAUCCCCCGCCCGCCGUUCCCCCCGGCGGGCAGCCCCCCGUACCGCCUCCAAUCCCACCGCCUGGGAUGCCACCCGUAGCGGGACUCGGACGUGCUACGUGGAUGAGAUAGCAUGAGGUGAUUUGCACGGUAUCCCUUUGUGUUGAGUAGGCAGGAGUAGCUAGCCGAAACCUACUUUGUAAAGACGAGGAGGGUAAUUUGUAUAAUUUAGAUGAAGAAAUGAGACGGUGAAAUGAAAAUUUAGCUGAUCUGUUUGCAGUCUUGUUUAUGGUGAGUUAUAUAGGCUUCUAGAUUUUAAUGAGCUUUGCAGUAUCUAUUCUAACUUUAUACGUUUGUCUUAAGUUGAAACUGUCUGAGUUAUUCCAGCACUGGAUUACUUUGUACUAGCAAAAAUGUUAACCAGCCAUAUUGGCUCAAUUAUAUCAGUAAGAAGUAAAUUUCCUUCUAGAAAUCAGUGCCUAUUUUUGAGUAUCAGAAUAGCCAGAUACCAUGAAAUUUCAUCUAUAAUAAGAAACUUCAUUUUUAGUAAUAAUUAAAAACAACACAAUGUCGAGCAUAAAAGCUACUUUAUUUAAAGAGAGAUUCUGAAUGCUGACUGACUGGAAUCGUUUUGAGGUGUUUGCCUUGCUGAUAUUUUUGUUUUGGAAUGUACUGGUAUCUUAAAGUAUUGUUAUGUUUACACCUAUUUGCAAAUUCCUGUACAUAAUAUAUAUAUUUUCUAAGUGUGAAAGUCUGAAUGUAACAACCUACUGUGAUGUACAUCCGGGUUAUAAACGGGACUAACAACUCCAUUCACGUCAUCUACCCAAAUAAAAUCGGUUCUGAAUUCA